CAGCAAUGGUUCACAGUUCAAACCGAAUUGUUCACCAACUUUGAAAAGUUCAUCUUUGUGUUCGUGAAUCGAAUUAUUCUAUGUACUUUAAUUGGCCUAUUUGGGAUUGUGGCCAACGUCAUCAACAUGGCCGUCUUUGUUAAACAAGGUCUGAAUAAUUCCAUGAACAUAAGCCUCUUCGCGUUGUCCAUUUCCGAUCUGUUGAGAAUCCUCACUGUACAGUGGCUGAACAUAUGUUCGAAUCCGUACAUCGAUCAACUGAACGUACCGAUAGUGUUCACGGAUAUCCAGUAUUUGACCGCAGGCUGGCCCACGGGCUGCGCUAACAGGAUCACCAUGUUCAUCACUGCCUACAUCACAGCAGAGCGUUCUUUGUGCCUAGCAGUGCCCCUCAAGAUUAAAAGGUGGGUCACCCCGCGUCGAGCGGUUGCCGCUCUUGUCGUCAUUGGCGUCAUCAACGCGCUCGGACUUGUUCCGGAAUACGCGUCCGUGUAUCUUGACUGGAGGUUUAACCCGGCCAGGAAUAGAACAAUGCUGAGCCUUGCUUUUGGCAGCAGCCGUCCUGCGACUCAAGGCGUGGUAUUCACCAUCCACGCAUUGCUCAUCGUGCUCGCUCUCACCGUCGUCAUCCUAUUCACCUCGAUACUCGUCAUACAGCUUAGGAGGAGCUCAAAAUGGCGAGCGGUUGUCACGAGCAAGGUAAGUCAGAACGAGGCUAUUUCAAAUCGAGACCGAAAAACCGUUGAUCUUGUUGUUCUCGUUGCCGGUGUCAUGGUGGUAUGCUACACACCGACAGUCGUUCUCUCGCUGGUCUCAACCUUUGUGCCAGAUUUCAGCGUGGCUGGAAGACAAGUCAAUGUUUUCCAUGCCACUUGGUCCAUCGGAUAUUUGCUGGGUGUCAUCAAUGCCAGUGUCAACAUUUUCAUUUACUACAAGAUGAGUUCAAAAUACAGGAAGACGUUCAACGAUUUAUUCUCAUGUCAAUGCAGAUAUACAUUUUCUUCAGUUAAGAUGACAUCAAUCCAAAUUUGUUUGUAUUGA